UGUCAUUAUCAUCACGAAUGUGAUCCGAAACAAUUUGCGAAAUUUUGUUUUUGUCAUCUGUCGUCUUCUUUUCGUACAUUAUUUUUGUUUACAUUUAUGAUCGUAAAGCCCACCUAUGAGGAAUUUACAUAGCUUAUUUUCGAAGUUAUCAAUAGCUUUAUUACAUACAUAUAACAGCCUAAUUACGAAGAAAUGAUUAAGUUUUGGAAAAGCGCAGCGAAAGGCAAAUCUGGUUGUCCUGUGCGACCUCCAGAGCCCAGUACCAGCUCUAUGACUAAUACUAAUCUCGGACCAUCUUUAGACACGCAAUUAAAAGACGAAAACCAAGAUCAAUCACAUAUAUUUAUUAAGAAAUCAAAGUUAUCCUUAAAUUUACAUGACAUACUCAUUGAAAAAAGAUCUAUAAAACAUUUUAUACUGUUUAUGGAAACAAUUGGUAAGAAUUUAUUAAUAAAAUGUUGGUUGGAACUAGAUAAUUUUAAAACAAUGGUAUCAAACACUUAUACAAAUCACUCUAUAGAAACAGAAAACCAUACAAAAAUCAGUAGAGCUAAGAGUUUCGAUUUUCAAUGUAAGUGUAAAUUACAAAAGGAAAAAGAAUUUAUGACACAAAAAUAUAAGGAAAAAAAUGAAAAUUAUAUGUGUUCUAGUGAUUCAAGAAGAAAGAGUGACUAUUCAACGAGUUCUUGUUUAAAUUUAGCUGAAUAUGAAAACUCAGUAAAUUGUGAAGUGUGUGAAAAAAAUAAAAAAAUAUCAGAUUUGACAGAAGUAGCAAUAGAAUUAUUCAAAAAAUAUGUGGCACUAGAAGCGCCAUAUCACUUAGACUUACCUGAUAGCUUAAGAAAAUCUGUUAUUUCAAAUAUAUGUGAUCCUGAAGGCAGAAUAAAAGAAGAUUGCUUUAAACCAAUACAGGAAGUGAUAUUCAAUCAAAUUGACAAUAAUUAUUUUAAUGAUUUUUUAAACAGCCCUUACUAUAUAAAAGCUCAGAUUGAUAUACUUACAAGUGGCUCUCUCGACCUUAUAGAUAUUUUAUAUAAUGACACAAUAUUAUUCUAUUUUACUGAAUAUUUGGAGCAAGAAUCUUGUACGAUCUUAUUAGAAUUUUUGAUGGCUGUUACACAUUUCAGAGAUAAUUUAAUGAAUGGUAACAGUUUAAAUCCUGAUCAAGCACAAACUGAUGCUAUUGUUUUGUAUGACAAAUAUUUCUCACUGCAGGCCAUUAGUCCUGUAGGAUUUCCUACAGAUAUUAGAUUGCAAAUCGAAAGCAAUAUUUGUAGAGAAGGGGGACCUUUGCAUACAUGUUUUGAUAUAUCUUAUCAAAUAGUGUUCAAUACACUCAGAAAAUAUGUGAAAACAUUUUUCGAGUCUGAAUUGUAUUAUAAAUAUUUGUCAGAGAUGGUUCAUUCAGUGGACCAAACAUGGUCAUCAAAUCACAAAUCUCAAUCGGAUUGUAGCAGUGAAAUUAGUAUUAGUACUCAAAAUACUUUGCUCGCUAUGGGAGACCCAGUUUUUCGAAAAAAGAAACGCAAUCUUUCUGUACCUGACAUGACAAUAGAUUCUAAUCAACUCUAUAAUGCAGAUGCUUUGUGGCAAAGAAAAAGGCAUGAUGGAUUAAGUCUUGGAAGAGUUAAUAGUUUAGGUAGAUUUGAGUCUAAGUUUGAGCCUGAUCCUGACAAGAAGGACAAAUCAGUUUUAAAAAAAAUGGUGAGUCGAUUCGUACCAGUGGCUACCUCUAAAGUUGAAGAAGAAAUGGCAUGGCAAAUUGCCCACAUGAUUGUUAAAGAUGUUACAGACUUGACUAUGGCCCCACCGGAAAAUGAGCAUGAUGCAAGUAUAAUUAUGUGAUAGCAAUAGCUACUAUCUAGCUAUUUAAAUGUUAAUUUGUUAAGUAAGCAAAUUGUAUAAAUACUUAUAAAAUAAAAUUAUCUUUCUCAUUAUAAA